AUGGCGAGCAAAACCGAAUCAGCUGUCUACACCCAUGGCCACCACGACUCAGUCGUCCGUUCCCAUGCCCGAAGAACCGCCUUGAACUCAGCAAGCUUUCUACUGCCCUACAUCAAGUCAGAUAUGAAAAUAUUGGAUAUUGGCUGUGGCCCUGGUACAAUCACUGUCGACUUUGCGGCCUAUGCCCCCCAGGGACACGUCAUCGGCCUUGAACGAGUCGGUGAAGUUCUCACUAAGGCACGAGCCCUCGCACAAGAACGAGGCCUGACCAACAUUGAAUUUGUCGAAGGUGAUGCCAACUCCCUUUCAUACGAAGACGGCACCUUCGAUAUAGUAUUCUGUCACCAGGUUCUACAGCAUGUUGGUGAUCCAGUUGGCAUGCUCCAAGAGAUGAAGCGUGUUACCAAGGUUGGCGGCAUAGUCGCUGCUCGAGAGGCAGACUAUGGUUCCUUUGUCUGGUAUCCUGAGACCCAGGGACUGAAUGAAUGGAAAACUCUUUACGAUCGCGUGGCACGACACAAUGGUGCUGAGCCAAACGCCGGUCGUAUGCUUCACGCUUGGGCGAGGAAAGCUGGACUUGAGAAUGUCAAGUGUAGCCUUACCUCUUGGUGCUAUGCGACACCAGAUGAGAUUAAAUGGUGGAGUAGCUCGUGGCAGGAGCGGACGCUGAAGUCAUCGUUUGCCACAAGCGCUUUGGAUGGAAAGCUUGCCUUAGACAGUGACCUUCAGCGCAUUUCCGAGGCCUGGAAGGAGUGGGGUCAGGACAGUGAUGCUUGGAUUUCUAUUCCGAGUGCAGAGAUCAUCUGUCGGAAGAAUUAA